AUGUCUGCUAAAGCAGCCUUGAAGGCUGUCAGGUCGGCAUUAGACUCCAAAGACUUCGAACUUGCAGCUACCAAAGCGAAAGAGAUCGUCGAUCAGGACCCCACCAACUAUCAUGCAAAUGUCUUCUUGGGACUCGCGCAGGAUAAACUCGGAAAGCCCGAUCAGGCGGAGAAGGCCUACGUCGCUGCGACACGCAUCAAGGACAACGAUAAAACAGCAUGGCAAGGCUUAAUAAACCUAUAUAUGCGGAUGCGUAUGGUUCCAAUUAUGUCCCUCUUUCGUAGAACGUUGCUAACAACUCAUUAUGACCCCAGUGAUGAGAGGGAUCGUUGCGUGGAUGUUGUUGAUAAACACAUCAAAUUCGCUGGGAAGAAUGGAUCCCGCACACAGCAGAAGCAGGCGCUGCAGCUACAGCUUCCAACCUGUCCCCUCUACAAUUGCCUAGAAGGGAGGGUUCCGCACCCCGCGGACACGUAUCUCCGGUUGAUAGAGAUUGCAGAGGCAGAGGAGAAGGAAUUCAUCAAUCGAGAAAUUGGUGAGAGAAGAACUCGCCUGGGCGCAAAAAUUGACCAGGUAACUACGGAAGUGAAACGGGAAGCAUUCAAACGGACUGAGCUCGAUGAAUAUUAUCGCGGCGUAAUAGAUUGGUCCAAUGAUGACGACGUCCGUCACAAAUACGAGGAGAAGCUGUUGCAGCGGGCUUACAACCUGCUUCUUGUUCUCCCAUGGGACCAGAAACCGGCUAAGCGAGAGGAAGUCUAUCGAUCCGCACGUGACAUGGUGAUCAUCAAGCGCCCGUUCGACCUUGCUUGGAAGAUCGUCCUUGAAUGGCAGGAUGCCGAAGAUUUCACCGACUGGGACAUUAGCCUUCUUCGGGAAUUCACCGAAUUUUUCCCUGAAGAUGGGCUUAGUAAGGUUUUGCAAGGGUUCUUCACGAGUGAUAUCUCACCCUUUCCUAAAGAGACUCCGUCACGGGAAUCAAAACAGGAAGAAACAAACGGCGAAAAUGCUGAAAUGGCGGUUGAAGAUCGUUUGAUACUCAUGGCAGAUGGUCUCGAACAUGCACCUUCUUCAAUCAUUGCUCAUCGCAUCAUGGGCCAGCUCUAUCUGAGUCUGGAAGAGGAUGGAAGCGCGGUUGACGUGAUGCGCAAAGGUCUGCUCGUCGUCAAGGAUCUGGUUAAGCAGACCGGCCUCAACCUCCGCAACACAACAGAUGCAAUUAAUAUUACACUGGCAACCGCGUUGAUCUCCUACCAAUCCCCUCGUAAUCACCCGGAAGCCAAGGGCAUUUUUGAAGAUAUCCUCAAAAGAAAACCCACAAAUACCAGCUGCUUGCUCGGCGUUGGCUUGAUACUUGAGGAGGAUCAGGAUUACGGAGAAGCAGUCGAUUUCCUACAGCGAGCCUUAGAACGCGAUCCUUCCAAUCUUAAAAUCCAGGGUGAGCUUUCCUGGUGCAAAGCACUCAAUGGUGAUCUCGAAGCUGGCCUUGAGGGCCUACAAAGGGUGCUUGAUGAAAUACAAAGCACAAAGGGCCACAGCCGAGAAUUCAAGGCAGAGAUUCACUAUCGAGUCGGACACUGCCAGUGGGAACUGGAUCCAUCCCCGUCUGCCCGUAGGGAUCGUAAUGGGGCGUAUGCCAGUUUUCUCGCCUCAAUUCAGUCGGACAUGAAUUAUGCCCCUGCGUAUACCAGCUUGGGAAUCUUCUAUGCAGACUACAAAAAGGACAAAGGCAGAGCUCGUCGGUGUUUUCACAAGGCGUUCGAGCUGUCCUCCUCUGAGAUCGAGGCUGCGGAACGCCUCGCGAGAGCUUUUGCGGAUCAGCAAGAAUGGGAUCUGGUUGAAGCCGUCGCCCAGCGAGUCGUCGACUCAGGCAAGGCCAAACCCGCUCCAGGGUCCAAGCGAAAGGGCCACAGUUGGCCGUAUGCCGCUCUAGGGGUCGUCCAGAUCAAUAGACAGCAGUACACCAAGAGUAUUGUGUCGUAUCAGACGGCACUGAGAAUCUCACCAGAUGACUACCAUUCUUGGGUUGGUCUUGGAGAGAGCUACCACCACUCGGGUCGGUAUAUUGCCGCGACAAAGGCCUUUGAACACGCAGAAGCAUUAGAAGAAAAUCUCUCCGAAGCGGAAAAGAGUAAUACCUGGUUCGCCCGGUAUAUGCUGGCAAAUGUGAAGCGGGAACUGGGAGAUUACGAGGAUGCGAUUACGAGAUACGAAAACGUACUAAAGAUCCGACCGAAUGAGUUUGGAGUGUUGAUCGCCCUCCUGCAGACGCUGACAGAGAGCGCCUGGAGAAGCAUUGAAUCCGGGCUCUUCAAUGACGCCGCCGAACGCGCACACAAAGCCAUAUUGACUGCCACCGAAAUGGCCAAGGAACGACCCAAGGUCUUUAACCUAUGGAAAGCAGUAGCCGAUGCGUGCUCUAUCUUCUCCUACAUCAAGGACAAGGCAGUGCUCACGUCAAUUUCGGACAUCCAUGCAUUACUGGGCAUCGAGCUCGACGAGAGUGCUUUCGACAUUUUGGCAGAUACAGACGAUGUGGGAAGAAAUUAUUCAACCUUACUAAACCCUACGGAUGAGCAGGAUUCCGUAGCGUCGAAUGCUUGCAUCAUUGCCACCAUCCUGGCGUGCAAGCGCGCGGUGUUUGUCUGUGCGGAUGAUGUCCAUGCGCAGGCAGUAUCCUGGUACAAUCUAGGCUGGGCUGAAUACAGAGCAUACAGGUCCAUCGAGCUUGGUGUAGGGAAGAGAGAGAAGAAGCAGCCCCGGAAGUUCCUCAAGGCAGCUAUACGUUGCUUCAAGCGAGCUAUUGAGUUGGAGGCCGGAAACUCGGAGUUUUGGAAUGCCUUGGGCGUCGUGACAUCGACGCUUAGUCCUAAAGUUGCUCAGCAUGCGUUCGUCCGUAGUCUCCAUCUCAACGACAGGAGCGCACAGAAUUGGACGAACAUCGGCGCCUUCUAUCUAAUUCACAAUGACCUUCAACUUUCGAAUCAAGCGUUUACUCGAGCGCAGUCCGCCGAUCCCGAUUAUGCUCACGCAUGGCUCGGACAGGGUUUCCUUGCUCUUCUUUUUGGGGAUCCUGUGGAGGCCAGGGCGCUUUUCACGCAUGCUUACGACAUUUCCAGCUCAUCCGCAGCCCUGCCCAAACGCCAAUACACCCUGAGCCUCUUCGACCAUCUCCUCCACGAUCCGUCCAUGUCAAAUGAAAUAUCGCAACUGAUCCAGCCGUUCUUCGCUCUCCAUCAGCUGCAUUGCCAAGAACCGUCCGAUCUGGCUUUCGAGCACCUUUCUGCUUUACUAGCAGAGCGCAUUGGUGAAUUUGCGGACGCGGAAUCCAGCCUACGGAAUGUCUGCGCCGGAGUGGAAGCAGAGUACGAUGUGACGGAGUCAUCAUCGGCAUUAGCACGCUUCGCACAGGCCAAUGCGGACAUUGCACGAGCACAUCUUGCCAACUAUGAAUAUGAAGCAGCUGCUGAGAAGGCAGAAACUGCCCUCACGCUAUCUGGGGAAGAAGACGCUGCGAAAUUCGACCCGGAAACUAUCCGCAAACUGCGGUUAUCAGCUCAUCUCACUGCUGGUCUGGCCUAUUAUUACCUCAAGUCGAUGGAUCAAGCAAUCGACAUGUUCCGUGACGCCCUUCAGGAGGCAGACAAUGCUCCUGAAGUAGUGUGUCUGCUCGCGCAAGUGCUCUGGGCUAAGGGUGGAGAAGAGGAACGAAAUGUGACUCGGGAACAGCUGCUCGAUUGCAUUGAGAAACAUCCUGACCACGUCGGCGCCGUCACUCUCCUUGGAGCCAUUGCCUUGCUCGACGCAGAUCAGGAUGCCAUUGAAGCGGUCCAGGCCGAUCUGCAGACGAUGAGAACGAGAGAGGAUGUCGAAAUCCAUGAUCGCUCCAGGGUAGUCAAACUGCUGAGUGCCAUCUCCGCCAUGGGAUUCAGCGCGGACAAGACCGCCCCUGAGGACGAAAGACGGAUUGCUGAGGCAACCACGGCGGUCAUGUUAGCACCAGGGCAGCCACAUGGCUGGAUGGAACUGGCCGCUACCACAGGCGAGCUCCAUCCCGCGAAAAUGGCUGUCAAGACCGCACUUCGCAGUGUUCCUCCAAGAGGCGGACUGGAGGCGGAAGAUCUGUGUCGGGCGUAUGUACAGACAGGGAUCAUCGGGGACUCACUCCGUGCUGUUAUGGUUGCCCCUUGGAGAAAAGAGGGCUGGGUAGAGUUGGCUCAUACUUUGUCCGAAUCAGCAUGA